CCUGCUAGCCGCUAGCUUGUUGCUGGGACACAACAUAUAGGCAUUUCCCACAGAAGUGAGCGAACGCAAAAAUAUCGCUAAGUAUGGCUUUUUAUGAAGUUUACUCUCAUCCUGCUUUGAUUCGGUACAAAGCAGGUGUUUGCACGAGCGCUACUGUCUUUCUCGUUGUGGUUGCUUGCCUUACUUACAUUUCACCGCUGCUGGUGGCUUACAGGAGCCAAGUUUGUCAUGCUGUAGGUUUCUGGAUUAAAAGGAACACAUAUGAAGAACAAGCAGUAGUUAGGUUCCAGUAUGAGACUCUCCUGGUGGCUGCAACCGGUACAAAUGGUGAUUAUGUGGCGUGGAGCACCUUUCCCCAUCUCAACAACCUGCUUGGAAAGAACCUGAGAAUCCCUGCUGUCUCUGUGAGGGAAGAGGACCGGAACCAGGAUGGAAAGUUGGACCGUCUGAUUUUUCAACUGCAGUUACCACUGGAAGAUGAGGAAAAUGUGUACAGUGUUCAGCUGCUAUUGACCUUCAGCUACCAGCUCUUUACAAAAUCAACGGUAGUGAUGCAGAGCCUGGCCUAUGUGCAGCACUCCUCCUCUGUCCCUGGAGCAAAGCUGUUUAUCAGUGGAGACCUGAGGCUGCAGCAGAGAACACCCCUGUUUCACCGUGGACUGUUCAACAUUUACAAUGUGUCUGUGAUUGACGGCUCCAGCCCUUUUGCAAGUGCUUAUGACCUCGAUGACAUAGUGAGGCGCUACCAGGAACGCAACCUGACCACGGUACUUUCCUGUCCCAUGCCAGUCUGGACUACUGGACGGGCUGCUAGUUCUCCUUUCCAGCUUGUUGCAGAAAUUCACUACCCUAUGGAGGUUAUUAGCUAUUAUCCCGGCUUCUGGGAAACCAUCAAGUUUGCCUGGAUCCAGUAUGUCAGUGUUCUCCUGAUCUUUCUUUGGGUCUUUGAACGCAUCCAGACAUUUGUUUUCCAGAACCAAGUUUUAACCACUGUACCCAUAACUACUGGAAAACUUCACCAACAUUGAAAAUCUGUGACAGUGGUAAUUUCUCAAAUUAAUGAAAUUAAUACAUAUGGAGUAAACGCUGUUCUAUCUGCGAAAAAAUAAAAAUAAUUCCUUCAUAAGGAUAUAUAUCCACAGGAUUGCUGCAGAGAAUCAUCUGGAGGCAAAAUCCACUUUUAACAAUCUAAAAACAUUAUGUGGGAUUCCCCCCCCCCCCCCCCCCCCCCCCCACACACACACACACACACACACACAUACAAUGCCUUAUGGUAGCAUUAGCCGACAUGCGCUCCGCAAAUCGAGACGCCACAGAGACUCGCGACCGCCUGAGAACCCCACUCCUCCACGCUGCCCUGCUGUGAGACUGCGACUUGGGCAGUGCCUGGUGUACGUCAAGUGGACUUUAACCUAAUUAGCAGCUUCCCGUCGAAUCUUGAUUCCUGUCUUAAAAAGACUCCUUCCCUGACCAAAAGAUUGGAGGGACACUCCCUUCAAGCAGACUAUGUGGUUAAUAUUCACCCAUGCGCGUGAGGCGCCACCCACUACCGUUGAGAGGAACUGCAAGCGCCACCCGUUGACGCACCUGUUAACGGAAGAUAAAAUGUCUGUUUUGAUGUUUUGCAAACUCUGUAGAAAUAUUCCAAACGUAUGACUUGGUGUCUGUCACUUUUCUCAGUUCGGCAGGUCCUCUGCAAGAUUUUGAAAACUGUUCAUGAUUUGAAAUCAAACAGUACGAAAUGUUGUAUUGAACAAUAACAACCCAUCUGCCACGACCAAAGUUUAAACAAUGAUUCUAUGCGUGAGAGUACAAAGUUGGGAGUGUUUUAUAUUAAUAUUACUUUAAAACCCAUUUACUCAAAUUUGUAGACAAGAUUCAGGCUGAUGGACGUGGUCUUCUCCAAGUCGGCAAUCCCUCUUCCUACACCCCGCCCCCUGGGGUAUUUAACUCAAAACUCACACCUUCCUCUGUGAGUUGAGGCUAGUCUUGUUUUACUUCUGCUUGUACCUUGCUGGUAGCUCGCAAGCUGGGUGGCCUUCGGCCGACCCCCUCACCCUUCUUUUGUUCCCUUUUGUCCUCGGGUGCCUCCGGGACCCACCACGUGCGCGACUGCCCCCCGCAACCAAGCCGGCAGCGUUUUCAAUCGAAGUCGGCCAUGCGACUCCGAUUGCUCUCCCUAGCCACGAUCGGUCGGCAGGGCCUCAGCGAGCAACUGCCUGCAUACCGUACGGGUUCCGCACGCCUCUUGAGGGCCAGAGCUCGGCCCCCCACCAGGUCAAACGGCAGGAAAGUUAUGAGCGCACCCCAAACGGGACAAUAAAUUUCCUACUUAUUUUUUCUUUUUAUUUUUGUGCAUCUGGUUUUUCUUCAACCAAACCUGCUUCGUUUCCGCCUGAGGUCCAGAGGAAGAUCACCCCAAAGACCAGCUGAUCUGGGUUCGAGAGUCGACACUGCAAUCCUUACUGUGAUGUACAACAUCAGUGCUUAAUAAUUGUGGGGAAAUUACUAGCUUCAUACGAAAUCCCAACUUUGCCUUCUCUCGCUCUGACUCAACGCAUUAAACGCUCACACACUCAUUUAUUUUAGCCCAGCGACCACACACGAUGAUCACGCCUCAUUUUCUUUCUUUGUUUUACCCUCGGUGUUAUUUUCUUUUUUUCUAGUUUGUAGUUGUAGUUGUGUGUUUCAUUAAAUUAAAAUAAAAUUACACUCUUGGUCAUA